CCAGGGUGUCCAGGGAGCAGCCAGGGCCCUGGCAAUGAAUUUCGACCAGAAGGCGGUGAAGUUCCUGGCAAGCUUUCACGUCAAUGGCGGCAGACACUGGGCCCACGGCCCGCUGAGGCAGGGGCCACUCACACGUGCCCUGAACCUGGGGCCCAAGGUUGGUCUGGGACUGGGGCCCACCUGGGACACCAUGCGGCCCCCAAGGGUGCAGAAGUUUCCAGCCAGCCUCAGGAAGAAAAUGGGCACCCUGCAGGAGCCCUGCCCUGGCUGCACCCACAACCUGAGGGAGCUGGUGCUGGAGCGACGGCCCCCCAUCCUUAUCGACCUGGACACCCCGGGCCCCACCACGUACCAGGUGCCCGACGCCUCCCUCCGUGAGUCCUCCCCGCACCCCCACUUCAGCAUCGGCCGCAAGCAUCCUGCCCGUGAGGGUGGUGGCCGCAGGGCCUGGCAUUCCGUGUGGCUGCAGAGCGAAAGCCCUUUCACGCAGAAAACCGACUUCAACCAAGAGCUAAAGUGGCCAUCGCCCGCUGACUACCUGCCCCGGAGCCGGCCCGCCCACCCAGCCUUUAGCUUUGGAGGCCACUGCCCGGCCCCUAAGACACCUGAGGCCCACUACCGCCUGGGGCAGCUGCUGGCCAGGGGUGUGGGCCCCCAGACACCGCCCUCCUCCGAGGCCCAGGGGGACAAACGGCCGGGCCCCAACGCCUACAACAUCGUCCCCGGGAGCCGGCUGCGCAGCCCACACCCGCCCGCCUUCUCCAUGGGCCAGUCGCCCGCCUCUGCCUCCUGGAUCCGCUCCCCCCACACCCCAGGCCCCGCCGCCUACCAUGUGGAGCACUGCUUUGACUCGCGCUUCCCCGCAGCGCCGGGGGUGCUCAUCCAGGGCGUUCGGAGGCCCAAGCGCCACGACACGGGCCCCUUCUGUGCCAUCUAGACCCGCGCGGCCGGGCCAGGCUUGGAGGCCGCCGCCCUGGAACCCGGGCCCUGCUGGCCUCCGGGCCUGGGAGGGGAGCCUCUGGCCACAGACCCACUGUGGGCCAGGACCAGCAGGGCCCGCUGGCAGCACCCACCCAGGUCUUUGCUACCCAGAAAUACAGUCGCUGCCUCUGAGCAUCCUGCGGCAUGGCAUGCAGCCCUGUCACCCUGGCCUCCUGGCAGCCCCUUGGGUGCUCUCUUCUCUCAGAGGGUGGCAGCUGGGGCUUCCUGGCCAGGGCCAGGGCAAGGCGGAGACCCUGUGGCCAUCAGGACACCCCGACCUCACAGAGACCCCCCCCCCCAGGGCCAGUCCUGCAGCCAGUCCACCAGAGGGUCAGACGGCUGAGCUGAGGGACUGACAGCUGGGUGGAGUGGGGCCAGAUUGCCUGAGCUGCCAUCUUGGGGUGCGGUCAGCCUGCCCAGGCACCAGGGAGGGCCCAGUGGACCCCACUUGCCCCCAGGCCUGGCCCAAAGACCCAAGCGGGGCUUGGCUGCCUGAGUCCCCGAACUUGCCCAGAGUCCACCCUUGGGGCCUUCCUGCGGACAGCUGCUGCUCAUCACCAUCGGCCGGCCCUCCCGC